AUGGAGACUUUAAAUGGCACCAGCCCAAGUGAUAACCUCAAGCAACAGCAGCAGGGCCACCACCACCCCCACGCUGAGAAGAAGAGACUGAACCGAGCCCCUUCCCCGGCCAGACCCUUCCUCAAGGAUCUCCACGGCCGGGCAUCGUCUGCCAAGCCCCCGCCGGUGCCGCCCAAAUCCCCCAGCCUCUCGGGCAAGCCGCAGCAGCCGGGCCCCCCGCCUCAAUCCGCCGGGCUCCUAGCCACCCAGAGCCGCCUCUCCAGGCGCAGCGGCUCCCAGGGCGCGAAGGCAGCGGCAGCAGCCGGGACUGGCGGCCGAGCGGGCAGCGCCAAAGCCUCCCUGUGGAGCAAGAAGGCGGCCCGAGCCCAGGAGCAAGGGGGCGGCAAGGCCGGGGCCAGGCAGGCCGGGGGGGAACCGGGCCACCCGCCCGGCAAAGGCAGGAAGGGGAAGAGAGGCGCCCCCCCGCAGCAGGGGGGCUCUCUGGCAUCAGCCGCCGGGCCCGGGCUGGGCAGCGGCCAUGUGGCCGGGGCGGCUCCGGCCAGGCUCAGCCACACUGACAGCAGCUCCGACCUGUCCGACUGCCCCUCCGAGCCGCUCUCCGAUGAGCAGCGACCGGCCCAGGCCGCCAGCAGCGACGCCGAGUCCGGUACCGGCUCCAGUGACCGGGAGCAGCCGCCUGCCCCGGGCCGAGCGGGCACCCCGGUGCCUGGGGCCAGCCACCCGCUGGGCGCCCAGCCUUCCCCGGAGAGCCCCGCCGGCCAAGGGGCGGCGCAGCCAGCUCCGCCCUGUAGCCCGCAGCCCGCCUCGCCCGCCCCCGCGGCGGGCAAAGGCAGCGCGCCCGGGGGAGAAGAGGCGAGCUGGGGGCGAGCCGCCGAGAACAUGCGGCUGGGGAGCAAAGCGCCCGCCCCCUGCCAGCCGCCGGCAGAGGAGGAGGAGCUGCUGCGGGAGAUCGAGGAGCUGCGCUCCGAAAAUGAUUAUCUCAAGGAUGAAUUGGAUGAACUUCGGGCUGAAAUGGAGGAGAUGCGUGACAGUUAUUUAGAGGAAGAUGUUUAUCAGCUGCAGGAACUCCGGAAAGAGCUGGACCGUGCAAACAAGAACUGCCGCAUCCUGCAGUAUCGUCUCAGGAAAGCAGAACAGAAAAGUUUGAAAGUUGCGCAGACAGGCCAAGUGGAUGGAGAGCUCAUUAGAAGUUUGGAGCAAGAUUUAAAGGUAGCCAAAGAUGUAUCUGUCAGACUGCACCAUGAACUGGAGAGUGUGGAGGAGAAACGUGUUAAAGCAGAAGAUGAGAAUGAAAUCCUUCGGCAGCAGAUCAUUGAGGUAGAAAUAUCCAAACAGGCACUGCAAAAUGAGCUGGACAGGUUGAAAGAGAGCUCACUGAAGAGAAGAGGCAGCCGGGAAAUGCACAAAGAAAAGAAGACAUUCACCCAGGAGGACAGUGCUGACUUGAAGUGCCAGCUUCAGUUUGCCAAAGAAGAAGCAGUGCUAAUGCGUAAGAAAAUGGCCAAGCUGGGGAGGGAGAAAGAUGAACUGGAACAGGAGCUCCAGAAGUACAAGUCCAUCUAUGGAGAUGUGGAUAGUCCACUCCCUAUCGGGGAGGCAGGAGGGCCACCCAGCACCAGAGAGGCUGAGCUAAAACUUCGUCUGAAACUGGUGGAAGAGGAAGCUAACAUACUGGGCAGGAAGAUAGUUGAACUGGAGGUGGAGAACAGAGGUAUUAAAGCUGAGAUGGAGGACAUGAGAUGCCAGUAUGAGAGAGAGUGUCUUAGCCGGGACCACAUUUCAAGCAUUCCUACCUCGCCAUACGGUGACUCCAUGGAGUCGGCAACAGAGCUGCGCCGUCACUUGCAGUUUGUUGAAGAAGAGGCGGAGCUGUUGAGGAGAUCGAUCUCUGAGAUUGAGGAUCACAACAAACAACUAACCAAUGAACUGAACAAAUUCAAGUUUGAGCCCAGUCAGGAGUCCAGCUGGCUGGAUGAUGGUGCCUCUAAAUGCAGUGGAUCCCUACAAGAGGAGUUGAAAUCAGCGAGGAUGCAAAUCAAUGAACUGAGUGGAAAAGUGAUGAAACUCCAGUAUGAGAAUCGUGUGUUGAUGUCCAAUGUGCAGCGCUAUGAUCUUGUCUCUCACCUAGGGCUGCGCACUUCAAGUCCCAGGGACAGUGAUGCUGAGAGUGAUGCAGGAAAGAAAGAGAGUGACAGUGAAGAGGGCCGCCCAACUGAGCCAAAGAGAGAAGGACCCAUUGGGGGCGAGAGUGACUCAGAAGAAGUUUAUGAGAAGACGUCAGGUUUUGAGAGUGGUAAGCCAUCAGAAGUUAGCGACCUCUGUUCUACUGAGUUAAUGAGAGUGAAAGAGGACACUGAGUCUUUAAUUAACAUCAAACGAGAGGCUGAACGGCUUGAAAGGACAGUGCUCCGUCUCAUCACUGACACUGAUAGUUUAAUUUAUGAUGCCAAGGUGCACAUCACCAGCAGUCCCUCCUCUGAGCAGGGUUUCAAAAGUGAUGGAGAGAGAGGUGAGGAUAAAAAUGAACCAGAACUUCUGGACACUAUCAAUUCAAGGAUGAAAGCUUUCCGUAAAGAACUACAGAUCUUCCUGGAGAAGGUUGAUCACAUCGGGGAAGGCCUCAAAGAACAAAUGGAAGACCUCUCCCCUUUGCCCCACCUGACAGAGUCUUCCAGUUUUCUGUCCACAAUGACAUCCAUGUCUCGAGACUCACCCAUUGGUAACCUAGGAAAGGAGUUAAUUACAGACUUCCAGUCCAAACUGAGGGAUCAGAUGGAGUGGCAGCUCAGCCAAGAUCGUGGAGAGGAGCAAGAGAUUCACCACCACCGAGCCACCACCGAGCCACACCGCAGAGCUGAUGGAGACAUUAAACUCUACAGGCCAGGCGACAAGGGCUGUUUCAGUCUAGAGCUCAGGGAUUCCCAUGUUUUACCUGUACAGAAUGUAUCGAUACAGGAGCUUCAGGCUCAACUUGAGCAGGAGACGAGACUUCACCAAGAGGAGCAAGAAAAGUUUACAGAGAGGAUCAUUCAGCUGGAGGAGGAGCAGCUGCAGACCUUGCGGAGGAAAGAUUUGGAGGUGCAGAGCUUGACUUUGCAGAAUAAAUUGGAGGAGAAGACCUGGGGUCAGGAGAAAAGUUUGAUGCAGCAAGAACUCAGGCAUUUCAAGCAGAAUACCUUCCUCCUGUAUGUGAAACUGAAGUGGCUGCUGAAACACUGGCAGCAAGGCAAGCAAAUAGAAGAGGAAGGAGAGGACAUACUGGAGAUUGAACACCUCGAUGCCCUACCAGAAUUUGGCAUUCAGUCUGAACGAAAGGGAGAUGACCCAGAACAAGAUGAGGAGGAGGAUGACCUUGUGUUUGCACUGACGGAUUAUUCCCAACAUUCCACAGCGGAGAGCACUGACCAUGGACCACAGCUGCAGACUGCAGAACUAUUGCAGCAUCAAAAGCAGGCAAGUGAAAACCGGCGGCUCUUAAAUGCUCUGAAAACCUUGUUGGACGACUUCCGUUCUGAGCUCCGGGAUGAUGAACGAGAGCGACGUGGGCUCCAGCAACAGUAUGCCACAGACAAGGCAGCUUGGGAGGUGGAAUGGACUGAGCUGAAGUGUCGUCUGGAGCAGCUGGAAGGGAAGAAUGAAAAAGCCCAGGGGGAAAGUGUCCUGACCACUGAUUCAAAGGGAGCUUUUAAGAGGGAGAGAGAGGAGCACAAGAAAUUGCUGGCUGACAGUCACAGCUUGGUGAUGGACCUACGAUGGCAACUCCAGCACAGUGAGAAGAAUUGGAACAGGGAAAAGAUGGAACUUCAGGAUAGAUUGGACAGAGACCGGCGAGAGUGGGAGCGACAAAAGAAGGAAUUGCUAAGGAGGAUAGAACAGCUUCAAAAAGAAGUGAGCACACAAAAAGGAGACAGCAUUCUUUGUGACCAGAAGGAGAGUAGCCUUCGUCCAUUUUCAACCCAGGGAAACCUUUAUGUGCCUCAUCCAAUGGGGGCAAGGUCCUAUUCUGAUUCAGAUGCCAUACAGUUUGAUGAUCAGUCGCUGUCGAAGCUGAAGGAAAGCGAUAGGUGCACUGCCACAGAAAACCUCUUUCUCGAUUCAUUGUCUCUUGAUUCUCCUGAUGAAUCUGAUGAGCCUCGGCCUCAGAGAUUGGAGCGGGAGAAGUUCUUGACUUGCUUAACUGAAGAAGAAGAAACGCACAAGGGAAAUCUUCAAAGGGCAGUGUCUGUUUCCUCCAUGUCAGAAUUCCACCGUUUGAUGGAUAUUUCUCCAUUCCUUCCUGAAAAGACCUUGCCUUCAUCUAGUAGUAAGGAGGAUAUAACACCUCCUCUGUCCCCUGAUGAUCUGAAAUACAUUGAAGAGUUCAACAAAAACUGGGAUUAUAGUAACACCAGGAUCCAUAGUGGGGUUACAGAAAAGCCUGCAGAAGCCUGGGCAGAAAGGACAGAAAAUGGGAAAGUAAGAAGUGAUUCAACUUCAGAUCCAUUCCAAGCAUCAUCAUGGUACCUUACCACCAGUGUUACUAUGACAACCAAUACCAUGACGAGCCCAGAGCCCUGCCAGAAGCAGCCACUGAGGAGUCACAUUGUAACAGAAAAAAUGGGGGUUAAGGUCUUUCACAGUCCGCCAGUUAUCCGUAGGCUUGAUAACUCAGCGAUAGCUGGUAAUGGAGGGAAAAAACAGGUUGAGCCAGACUUUUUGUUUUCUGUGACCAAAGCUAAAGGGAGUGUGGGUGAGACAAAAGGAGCUUCCUCAGAUGUGUUUGGGAGAUGGUCUUGUGAUCUCACCAAACACCAUAAAGAUUUUUUGGAAAGUGGUCUUCAUCCUAUUGAGCAUCCUAUUUGCACUGCUGUGGGUUUUGCCUCAUCCUUGCAGAGCCUGGAACUGUCCAAGAACAUGAGUGACGAUAUGAAGGAAGUAGCUUACUCUGUCAGAAAUGCAAUACGUUCUAACUCUAAUUCGGCAGAGCCUCAGUUUAAGGACAUAGCUUGUCAAACCAAUGGUAUAAGAACUACAGGGACACAGACCACCCAGACAAUCAGUGUUGGCUUACAGACAGAAACCUUGCGCAGCAUCACCAGCAGUCCACACAAGUGUCUGACACCAAAGGGGGGCUCCACACCAAUCUCAUCACCAUCAAGAAGUUUAAGGAGCAGGCAGGUAGCCCCUGCCAUCGAAAAGGUCCAGGCCAAGUUUGAACGCACGUGCUGUUCUCCCAAAUAUGGUUCUCCAAAAUUACAAAGAAAAAUCCUCCCAAAAACAGAUCAGCCAAAUAACCGGACUUUACCAGGCACACCUCAGAAAGGAUUCAGUGAGUCUGCUUGGGCUAGGUCAACUACUACAAGGGAGAGCCCAGUUCAUACCACCAUCAAUGAUGGCCUUUCCAGUUUGUUCAAUAUUAUUGACCACACCCCUGUUGUUCAAGAGACCCUCCAAAAAUGCGCCAGGUCUAGCAGCCGAUCUAGGUCAGCAGAACCGAGAUCAGAACUGGGGCCCAUGCAGGAAAUGUGUACAAGUGCCCGUGGCCGGUCACCCAGUCCUCUCCGUUUGGGUGCAGAGAUGGAAAAGGAAGAAGAGUCUGAGGCAACAAGUAUCAGGCAGGAUUUAUCUGCUCCUCUGGGGUAUACACUUACAGAAAAUGCUGCCAGGAUCUUGAAUAAGAAACUUUUGGAGCAUGCCUUAAAGGAAGAGAAAAGGCUAGCUUCACGCAGCCCACCGAGUCUUAGCAAUGACAACAGCACAGGAGAAAUAGUCAAAGUAGAACCAGGGUCCAUUGAGGAACUACCUUGUUCCGCACUAGCUCCGUCCCUAGAAUCCUGCUUCUCACGGCCAGAGAGACCAGCAAAUCGGCGCCCACCUUCAAGAUGGGCUUCACAUUCCCCUACUGCCUCACAAUCUCAGUCAACUGGAGAUUUGACUUCCUUUGAGGAAUAUGGAAGCAAGGAACUGCCGAUGGAGAACUCAAACCAGUGA